AUGGACGGCGUCGAAAAACCCAAGAAAGCUUGUGACUUUUGCCGGAGGAAAAAGAUUCGAUGUAAUCGUGAGCUUCCCAGGUGUCAAAAUUGUUUGGUCUACAAUGAAGUAUGUCACUAUUCAAAGAGACUGAAGCGGUAUAGUCUCAAAAUGAAAAAUGAUGCACAAGCGAAGACUCGGCUGCCUUCACUUGAAUCGGAGGAUAGUCCUAGUUACGAUGUUAGCGCAUCUCCUGAUACAAAGGAUAAUUAUUCACUUCAUGUUCGCCUUCGAAAUGUUGAGGAUAAGCUGGACAGGUUGUUGAACCUUGCUGAGGAUUCUUAUAAGCCGCCUAGUAGAUUCCGAACUCGGGAUUUUCCCUCAUUGAUAUCCCAAAUUCGAGACGCUAGCUCAUUAGUUGAUAAUAAAUUACAGGAAUAUUCCAAGCUAUUCAAAUUAUCUCCUUCAGAUACAAAUAUUGAUGACUUGUUUGCUCAUUCUUUCCCUAGUUGGGAUAAGGACUUUCCUGAUGUACCUGAGCAUGAAUGGGCUGUUGCUCGCAUUCAGUGGUACUUUCGCUAUAUUAACUGUUGGUGGCCGAUAUUUUACGAAAAUGACUUUAUGGCCGAACUACACAAAUUAUAUGUGGAUCCAAACCACACAAAGGGUGUAUGGUUGGUAUCGUUUUAUGCUAUACUUGCGUUGGCGGUUUCGAGAAGCAAAAUGGAAGAUGAUCAAAAGGUUGCUGAAUCCUUUUUCUGUGCAUCCUGGUAUUUAAUUCAGAAGCCUGGAUUUUUUUUGAUACCUCACGUGGAAAAGAUUCAAGCACUUGUCAUUAUGAUUCAGUUCACUGCUCAUUUAUCACUUUUUACGUUGUGUAAAGCCCUUUGUGGUCAAGCAUGUCUAAUGAUUCGAGAUUUGAAUUUACAUCGCGCUAGCUCAACUUUGAAGGUGCCCAAAAGGUCUGCCGAACUUUAUCGGCGAAUAUUUUGGGUUUGCUAUGUUUUCGAGAUAACGACUUCUUUAGUCUUUGGCACUCCUUCUGUUUUAAGUGAUAUGGACAUUGACUGCGGGUAUCCCGACACCAACAAAGAGCCUUUAUAUCCAAACAUAUAUCAUGGGGAUAUUAUUUUCAUUGCAGAAAUUUCAUUGACAAUUUUGAAGAAUGAAAUUCGCUCCAAGCUUUAUAGUAGUAAUACACCUUCUGUUGAGGGUACACGUCUGAAGGUAAUUUGGACUAUCUUUGAAAAGAUGCAACAUUGGCAAAGUUCUUUACCUUUGGGAAUCCGAAACUAUUUUGAGAGUCUAAGCAAGAAUGAGAACAUCUUCUUUACUCUAAAUAGCGAUGAUCAGAGACUUUUUUCAGCGUGUAUAGAAAUCUAUCUUUCAUAUUGCAACACCGUCAUAUUUCUGCAAAGGUUGAACGAUACUGAAGAAGGUUCCAGUAUUUGCUUAGAAACGGCUCGGAAAGCUGUUGAUGUUCUCAAGAACUUUUUCGUGGUGCUAGAUCCUAUUUCCAAAAACGUUUGCUACCUUUGGAUAUUUCUCUAUAAUCCCUUUACCCCUUUCAUAACAUUGUUUUCUAGCACAGUGAGCGGAAAGGAAAAUAAUCCUGAUCAACUCCUAGAAGAUUUAAACCGUAUGUAUGCCGUCUAUAAGUUUUUUCUUAAAAUGCGAGACCUCAAUGGACAAUUAGCUGAGAAGCUCGCUUCAGUUACUGAGAAUUUUAUUCAUGCCGCUGAGCAUUAUAUUGCGUUACAACCUGCGUUUACUGCGGAUGCUUUCGAGUUGACCAAUUUCUUGAUUUAA